AUGGCAGCCGACGCCAUCCGGAUGGCGUUGAACAUACUGGGCAUACCGACCUACCACACAGUGGAUGCAAUGCAGAACGGCGACCUUCCGUUCUGGAACGAGGCGUUGGCCGCAAGGUAUGGCGGUACCAAGACACCCUACGAUGCCGACGACUGGUCCAAGAUCCUGUGGACGUACGAGGGAAUUAUCGACGGGCCCGCCAUGUUCUUCCUGGAGGAAUGGCUCGCGCAGAACCCAGAGGCGAAAGUCGUCCUCAACAAGCGGCCAUUCCAGGACUGGUACCGCUCCGUCAGCCGCACGGGCAUGCAGUUGACCACAUGGAGAUGGUGGCCAUACCUUCGGCCCUUCCUCAGCGCGGAAUCAAGGGCCUGGCACGAGUACGCGUGCUGUUUCCUCACCAUGGUUGGCGGCUCGGGGCCGUACGUCACCACGCCGCACCCCGAGUGCUGGACGGAGGAGCAGUAUCGGAAGACCUAUGACGCGCACUACCCUCGCGUGCGAAGUCUGGUGGCAGCUGACAGGAUCCUCGAGUUCGACCUGUAUAAGCACGGCUGGGAUGAACUUUGUGCGUUCCUCGGGAAGGAGAUCCCCGAGGAGCCAUUCCCGCACACGAAUCAGACAAGGGACAUGGUUGAGCAGAGGAAGAUGCUCUGGGUCAAGGAGGCUGCCGCAAAUGCUCUGAAGAUGACGGUACUAGCCCUGGGUAUUACGGGGAGCAGCAACACCAACAUCUGUGCGGUCCGGAAGGCCUUCACCAUCCUAAUACCCUGA